AUGUUGAACGGUAAUUUGCCAAGACAAGAGGAACAAGCAGACCAAGGAGGAUCAAUUGCAGGUAUUGGCAUUGCAUCUGUUAUGAUAUUAAUUCUUGUCGUUCUCAUUUCUGUUUCCAUCUGCAAGUGUUCUAUCAGCUUAAUCAACUUUCCUUCUAAUAAUCAACAAAAUCCAACAACAUCCAACUCAUGUUCCAGUGAAUCUGAUACACAAACCCACCAUGAACUUGUAGCCCUCCCAGUUUUUGUCUUUGGAGAGCAAACACCACCCUCAGCCCCAACGUUGCCACAAUCAUCAUCAUCAUCUUCUUCUUCUCCUUUCGCGUUUUCUGAUAAAAGCUGUGCAAUUUGCUUGGAUGAUUAUGCUUAUGGAGAGUUCAUAAGGGUCUUGCCUAGGUGUAAGCACAUGUUCCAUAAGGACUGCAUCGAUAACUGGCUAUCAUCAAGAACUUCAAGUUGUCCCAUUUGUAGAGACCAAAUCAUAGACAAGAAUGUGGAGUCUACAAGGAUAGAUUCUCCUAAUAUGGUGGAAAAUGUAACCGGAUCAUUUACGUUGUUUCCUGUCAGCAAUAGCACGAUACCCAACUGA